GGGCAGUCUGAACAACUUCGAUGAGGAAGAACUCGUUGCAGAGGGGGAGACAGACCCCGACAUGGCACAGGUGGAGGAGGCGAACCAAGAGAGUAGAAAUUUGGACGAUCUAGGGGGGGAGGAAGGAAGGAAUGAUGGGGAGGAAAACGGACGGGUGAACAGUAUAGCGAAUGAAUUGACAAACGACAAAGGAGCGAAACAGAAGUCGCUGGAUAGGGGGAAAGGAAAAGCAGAGCUGGACAAACUGUGCGAACUGAGAGCCGACCAGCCAUAUGCUGGCAUCAAACACAUCGCGGUGGACGAUCAUGCGGGCGAGUUUCGUAGAAUUGCAAUUAUAGAUAAGUACCGUUACAACAUAUUCGGGAGGAGCCAAAACGAUAUGGAUUUUGUUGCGUCCAAAAACAUGGAUCGGGAGUUGAAUUAUGGCAUCUUCGACCCUCAUCACGAUAACAUCUUAACCGUUAUUAGUAACACGAAUGUGUACGGAUACGACAUCAAAAAUGACGUGGAAAUAUUUUCGACCUUUACAAACCAUAAGGCUGAUUUAUCAUCCCUCGACUUCAAUCCGAACAUUCCAAAUGUCAUUGUAACUUCAUCAAAUGAUGGCUACGUAAAAUUUUGGGACUUGCGAUUUCUGAGUGAUGCAUUUCUUACAGUUAAUAUUCAUUCGCAUUGGGUCACCUCCAUCCAUUUUAACAAUUUUCACGAUGAGUUGUUGCUAAGCACUAGCUCAGACAAUACAGUCAAGCUGCACAAAAUUGGCUAUCCGGCCAACUUAAAUUUGAAGAAAAAGGACACCAACUAUCAGUUAAUAAAAACAUACUCGGAUCACGAGGAGUCUGUUUAUCAGGGAAGGUGGAGCAAAACGGACGCGUGGGUGUUUGCGUCUCUCUCGUAUGAUGGCAAAUGUGUGGUGAAUAGCGUGCCCACCGAGGAGAAGUACAGGAUUCUCCUCUA